CACAUAGUUAAUUUCUGCAGCAAAGUGUAAGCUUAACUUUAGUGUUCUCGUUGCAUAACCAGAGAACAAUGGCUUUACCCGAAAAUUUGGCUAAGAAAAUGCAAACAUUUCAGGCAAAUAAUAAUUUGCCUGUAUUCUUAAAAGGUGGCCCAGCCGAUAAAAUGCUCUAUGGUAUAACUAUGGGACUUUGCGGUGUGGGUCUUUUGGGCAUUGUUAAACUACUCUACGAUUUGGGAUUUAAGAAGAAGCAGGGCUAACUUCAAAACUAGCUCAUUAUAAUAUGGUUUAGAAAUGAAAGUAAACUUUGAUAAAUUUCCAAAAUUUAAUUACAUUUAGUGUAAAAUGUUUUAUGCCUUGAACUUGGUGCUUUGAAAGAGUUAAUUAAAAGGAAAGUGGGAAGUCA